AUGGGAAUCGCAGUUCUGACCUUUCCGCUCGUCGGUGCAUAUCUGGCCAUCGUUUGGCUGAUCUGGCCUAUCGUCAACUACUUCCGCGAUCCGAAAGGGCUGCGAAAAUACCAAAGCCUCUUCUUCCUCUCGGGAAUCACCGACCUCCCCUACUGCUACGUGAGCUCUCGUGGGUUCCGGUCCAAGUCCAUCACAGAGGCUCACAAAAACCUAAAUGCUCCAAUCCUGCGAAUUGGCCCGAACAAUCUGUCUUUCGGGGAUGUCAGCGCAAUCAAGGACAUCUACGGGCACUCGACGCAGUGCAUCAAGGACCUAAAGUACUCCAUCACGGGCGGGCCUCACCCGAAUAUCUUCGACGUCGUCGAUAAGCGCAAGCAUAGCGAGAAGCGUAAACGGCUCUCUGCUGCCUUCGCCAUCAAGAACCUCGUCAACUGGGAAUACAAAGUGGCCGACACCACCGCCCGAUUACUGCAUGCCUUUGACCAGAGAUGUACAGCCCCUUUGCCAUCCAACUGCACGACACCGGCAAAGGACGAACUGACCAUCGACUUCAACCACUGGAUCAAUCUCUUCACAAUUGAAGCUAUCAAUGUCAUCGCCCUAUCCUCGAAACUCGGCGUCCUCGAACAAGGCGAUGACCUCGUCACAGCCCAAAGAAUGGACAAAUCAACCUACAAAGCGCACUACCGCAAAGCCCAGAACAAGGCCGCCUUCGCAACAUCCCACUUCGUCUGGGACUACCAGAACUUCCACCUCCUAACCAGCAUCUCAAAGCUAUUCCCCAGAUGGCGACGCAUCUGGGGGGACGCCGAGCCCUGGAAAGACGUCAUCUACCAUCAAACAGUCACCCGGCUGAACCGCUACCAGAACGGCGAGAAACUCGACGACUUCUUCGCAAGCCUCAUGGAAACGAAAUCCGGCGAGCCGUAUAACCUCGAGUUCGGCGAGAUCCUCGGCGACGUCGGGGCCGUGAUCGACGCCGGCGCAGAUACCACCGCCAUUGCCCUAACCCAGGUAAUGGAGCUAUUGAUCCGACAUCCUGCGCAUUUGAAAACUCUCAGGGAGGAGGUCGACGCAGUGUUCGAAAACGAGACCGUGGCACUAUUUGAUAAAGUGAGAAACCUCCCCUUCCUCCGCGCCUGUUUAGACGAAGCCAUGCGCAUUAUCCCCCCCACAUCCGCCGGGCUCCCUCGCCGCACACCCCCCGAAGGCGCUAUGAUACUCGGAGAAUGGAUCCCCGGAAACACCAGCGUCUCCAUGACCGCCUACGCUACGCAUCACGACCCCAAUGUCUUUCUGAACCCCGAGGAGUUCAACCCGCAUCGCUGGAUGGACCCGGCCGAGCGAAAGCGCAUGGAGCCGUACUUUAUCCCGUUCUCGACGGGUGGAAGGGGAUGUAUCGGGCGGAAUAUCUCCUACCUCGAGCAGACGAUUAUGCUUGCGUCGCUGGUGCAUCGGUAUGAGUUUGCGCUGCCGAGCCCGGAGUGGAAGUUGGAGCGGUUCGAGGCGUUUAAUCUGUUGAUGGGGAAGAUGCCGAUGAAGAUUUGGAGGAGGACCGACGUUCCAAAGGGCGAUCUUGCCAUUUCGUCGGGGAUUUGA